AUGCACAGAUGGAGUGAUGUGCUUUUAUAAUACUUUUAUUCAUGUUUCAUGAUCAUAAUUCUUCAGUGUGGAUGAUGCGUUGCUGUUCUUUGGAACAUGAAACCACCAGGACAGACAGUCUGAGGAAACAAGCAGAAUAAGACGCGUGUGUCGUUCUUCAGGAGCCACAGACACCGACCAUGACGUUUGAUGAGGUCCUGGAGGACGUGGGCGGUUUCGGGCUCUUCCAGGUUCUGGUUCUGGCUCUGCUGUACCCGCCCCGCAUGCUUCUGCCCUGUAACUUCCUCCUGAACAACUUCAUCGCUGCGGUGCCUCCUCACCACUGUGACGUCGGCGCCGCCCUCUGGAAUCUGACCCUGGAGCAGAGGCUGAGGGCCGGCGUCCCCGUGGGGCCCGACGGGAGCCCGGCGUCCUGUGUGAUGUUCACGGAGCCGCGGCUCCAGCCGCCGUCCGACGGCUCCAACGGCACCGAGCCGCCGACGGUUCCGUGUCAGAGCGGGUUCGUGUACGACAACUCCACCUUCGCCUCCACCGUGGCCACAGAGUGGGACCUUGUCUGCGACAGGAAGAGCCUGACGAAGACCUGCAGCACCAUCUUCUUCAUGGGAGUCAUGACAGGAGCCGCAGCCUUCGGCUACUUCAGCGAUAAGUAUGAGGACGGACACUGAUGGCUCGGUGCGGCUGAACCGCAGCUGGAGCUCCUCCUCUCCCUCCUGCUGUCCUCUUCCUCCUCCCUCCUCCUCCUGCUCUCCCCUUCCUCCUCCCUCCUCUCCUCCUCCUCCCUCUCCUCCACCUCCUUCCUCUUCUCCUCCUACUGCUCUCCCCUUCUUUCUCCCUCCUCUUCUCCUCUCCUUUCCUCUUCAC